AUGUAUGGAUAUGAUGUACAGUCACACUUGACCUACUUCAUGCUGUUGGAUGAGCUAUACUUGUCGAAAGACCCGAGGUGGACACCAGUCAAUGCUCAGACAGCACCAGUUGGAGACACUCUACAACAGACUAUUAAGCUGUCUCGCGCCUCCACCUCUGCCACAGACAUACCCCUACUUCUUACCAAUCUUACACUCGAGUUCAACUCACCUACAACCUAUAUAAGAUUACGUAAUAUCAAUAACAACAACAACAACGAACUUGAAGGGGACAUCACCUCACCCAACAACAAUGAAGUGGAGACAACAGAGAAGGAAGAGGAGGAGAAGCAUUUAUUGCGAUCAAUACCAUCAGGCUCAAUCAUUAGGAAUGCAAUCAGUGGAUAUCAGCUGAUGAUUGACAAGUUCAACCUGACAAGGAACUUGGCAAAGUCAAAGUACUUGGUGCCAACAAUGUUGAUUGAGAGAGGCCGCAUCACUCAGUCGUUCCAGGUUGACCAUUUUCAGCAAGAGACAGCGAUGGUCACAAGUCGAGAGUCGGUGCCAAUAGUUUGGUUCCUUAAGGACCCUCUAAAGAACAGAGGAGAGGGCAUAGAGUUGUUCCAUUCGGUGGACGAGUCACUCAAGCAUUGCCUGCCGAACAAGAGAUAUAUAUUACAACGCGAGAUUAUCCCAAUGCUAUUCAAUUCGUUCAAGUUCGACGUUCGCAUCAACAUUGCAUUGGUAUUCAACUCUGAUGAGACGAAGCUAUACAUCUACAACGAAGGCAUAAUGAGAUGCACGGGAACCAAGUAUGUCAGCGGCAGCGUGGAGAAGGGAGAGCAGUUCACCAACUUUUGCUUCCAACAAAAGUUGAACCCAUCGUUUGGCAAUAUUGUCCCACUGGCUGACUGGGACACGGAUGGCAGCCGUCUGGCAACGAUGGAACAGGCAGUGGGCGAGAUAUUCGACCUGUUCCUGCCGCGACUCAAUCAGCUGAGGCACAGCGGAGUGACCGUGUUUGGUCUGGACUUCAUAUUCGACAGCGAUGGACAUCCCUACCUACUGGAGAUCAACAACUCACCAUCGAUGUUUGUACAUAGUAACGAACGUGUGGCGUCCAUAUGCCGAAGGGCCAUCGCACAGUUGCCAGCACUGGCGUUUGAGCCACUAUUGGAAGGUGCCACUCCAAUUGCCAAGGACUGGAAGUUGUUGAGGGACUACACCAACAGACAUCGAUGUACCAACACUGAUUCAAAUGAUGAUGGACAAUCUGAAGACUUCAAUCUAUUUGAUGAUUUAUAA